ACGAUCAAGAUGGCAGAUCAGCCUUCUAAAGCCGAUACUCAAACUAUUUUUCGGCGUUUACGCUCAGUUCAGGCAAAUAAGCAAUGCUUUGACUGUUCUCAAGCAAAUCCAACAUGGGCUAGUGUAACCUAUGGUGUGUUCCUUUGCAUGGAUUGCUCAGGGGUGCAUCGGUCCCUUGGUGUACAUGUGUCGUUUAUACGAUCCACCCAGCUAGAUGGAUGGACCUGGCUCCAGCUUCGUGCUAUGCAGGUCGGAGGCAAUGUAAAUGCUAAUGAGUUUUUUAGAAAGCAUGGAUGUGACACCCUAGACGCGCAGAAAAAGUACAAGUCCCAUACAGCAGAAGUAUAUAAAAACAAAUUAGUUCAUUUAGCACAGAAUGCUCUCAAGCAAUAUGGGACAAAGCUUCAUCUUGACGACCAAGGUCACCACACACACGGCAUGCCGACAAACCCCGAAACCAAUGACGAGGACUUCUUCAAGGACCACACAAAUGCUGCCCUCUGUAAGGAGACUGUGGAUAACUUCUCAGGUCCUGACUCCACUAACGCUGUCUCUGCUCCAGAGCCAAUCAAGAACGGCAAUGGUAAUCUCCGACAGAAUGUUGAUAGUGGCGAUCCCUCCCAGGGACCCAAUGUUGAAAUUGCCCUCAGUAUGUCCCCCACGGAAGCCCUGAAGACUGCUGAGCCAAGGAAAAGUACCAUUGGCGGGAGAAAGAAGCCUGCUGGCAAUAAGAAAGGGAAGGGCCUAGGUGCUCAGCGAGUGAAAACAGACUUCAGUGAAAUCGAGUCUCAGGCAGCGCUGCGUGAUAAAGAGAAGGAGACGUUGGCGAAUAUGGCAGCGAAGCAAGAAGUGUUAACACAGGAAGGCGAAGAAAAGAAAAUGGCUUCAAUUCGAUUGGCGUACCAGGACUUGAGUCUGGAGAGAAAGAGGCAGGAUGAGAGGAUGAAAAAUAUGGAUCCAAAGCGAAAGGAACAGGCGGAGAGACUCGGGAUGGGAUAUGGAUCUAACAGAGGUUCGAGUGCAUCAGCUGCAUUUGAUAGGGGGGUGAGCCAUUCGGCCAUCAGUGAUAUGCAGACGAUAGAACAGGAGACGCCGUCUGGUGACAACAACAAGUCAAGUCAUGAUCGAUAUUCUUCUCGAGGGAAUCGAGAUUUCUUCGAAGAUGAAUUCGAAAUUGUCGGCGGAUUCUCAUCGGGCUCCAGCUCGUCGAGAAAGCAAAAUAAGAGGUUUAACGACAAUCUGUACGGGGCUAAGAACGAAGAAAAGGAUCGUUAUGGAAGCAAUGGGUGGGGGAAUAGCAAGUCUGGUUCGUGGGACUCGGGUUCCAGCAAGUCGGGAGGCAAUAGCUGGGAUAUGGAUCGAUUCGAAAGCAAACAGUCUUCUGUAGUUGCGUCGAUGCCUCAUAAGGAGAGUGCUUCUGAUGACAGCAGAUAUGGCCGAAGUCGUUCAUCAACAAAGCCAAAGGGCGAGGAGUCUACUUCAGAGGAGGCACAGAAAAGAUUCGCCAAUGCCAAAUCGAUUUCUUCUGAUCAGUUUCAUGGAAAUAGUACAUCAAGUUUUGAACAUAAACAGAAGUUGUCUCAGUUCGACGGCCACAGUAGCAUAUCCAGUGACGACUACUACGGCGACGGGCGAAGGUCGUCGAAAACUGACUAUUACAACACGGGUCCUGAUCUACAAGACAUCAAAGAUGGCGUCAGGCAAGGUGUUACAAAAGUCGCCGGAAAAUUAUCCAACAUAGCAAAUGGCGUGAUGUCGUCUCUACAGGUACCCUAUAAACUAAAAUUCAUGAAUUUUCGUGCGUCAUCUGGCGAGGUUACUCCCAGUACUGCAAUCGUCGUCGGCGAGUCCGGUAGUUACGAUGAGAACACUGAAAUGUCCGGGCCGAGUAACGACUCUGACUCUACGGAUGUAGCGCCGUACGAUUAUAGGAACUACUCAGAGGAAAUAGUCCUAUCUAGUCAGGGGUAGAUACGGUAGAGAGAGUGUGAGACUGGAUACGUGGGACUAGAAUCUAGUUGAAAAGACGAUAGUCCACAUGGAUGCAAGACAACUCCUUCGAUGGCAUUUCUGCAUGCUCCACUACCACUCCAACUCUGCAAGAGUAUAAACGUCACCAACCGAGACUUCGAAACUGAAGCACAAACAGCGAGGAAUUUAUUUUCAUUUAUUUUUUUUCUGUUUCUUUAUAUUUUGCAGUAAUCUAUUCUUCAAUAGUAAAUUAACUUUCACUGACUUUGGACUGCUGUUCUCUUCGAAUGGUACCUCGGCGAAGCGUGCUUGAGACUGGCCUACGACCCAUUGAAGAUGACUACCGGUACGCAUACAACAGGGCCUCAUUUCAAGUCUCAGUUAUACUAAAAGCAUGCUAUUGAUUUUGAGUCAGAUCGUAGUACUUUUGAAGGGUGUAGCUGCAAAGGUGUUGGACUUGGUGAUACUUGGGAAUCAGGUGUUCCUGGGCACCAAAAUGCAAUACUACAGUACGGUUGUCAUAAUGAUGUUUAUCUUUGUCUGAAAGACGUACUGUUAAAUUUGAUAAGAUGUGCCUCUCUAAGUGAGUUAAACUAGGCAACCAAGAGAUGGGCAUGAAAAAGCGUUCAGCUCUGUCUCUUCCCACCGUAUUCUGGGACAAGCACUACAAUCUUUGCAGCCACUUCAAGUCUCUACUGAGGUCCGAAAUUCUCGUUACAUGUACUUGUUCAUUAUGAUAGUCUAUCUGUUACCUCAGUUGACCAGGAUGUGGUUGAUGCAAGUACUCAACAUCUUGAAUGAUCAAGGGUUCUGGUCACAUUUGCCUCUUGGUCUGGACUAAACAGAUCCAAGAGGUGAGGCUGGUUAAGGGAACCCUUGAUUAGUCAAGAUGUCAGUGGGUAAUUUUUGUCUCUUGUUUUGUACGCUUACAACAUUUUUGGGGCAAGCUCUUAAAAGAGGAAUAUUUUGAGAUAGGCAAAGGCCGGCAUUAAUGAAGUUGGUCGAAUGUGGUUCAAGAAUGUAUUAGAAAAUGCAACGAUGCAAUCACAGUAUGUAUACUCCUGGGUCCAGCAUGAUGUCAAGAAAGUACUGCAUACCCAGGAACAUUUGUGGCCAUUUUGUUUUAAGGUUUGGUGAAAUGGCAACUUUUCAACACUUUUGAUUUAGCAGUAUCUAUAAACGCAAAUAUGCAAAAAUAUAAGGCACACAAAUAUUUCUGGGUUUAUGGUCUCUAGUCCUUGUGGCGUUUUUGACCAAAGGAGUUUUCAUGUAUUGGUCUACUUGUGUCUGUAAAGGUUGUCAUGCAGUCAUAACUAUGAAUGAAGCAUUUCUCAGCACCCUUUGUAUAAGAAAGCGUGUUUCAAAUUAUAUUUUCCCAUAAAAUAUUUUAUAAGUGAUAAAACUAUAAACGCUUGUUUGUAAAACUGAAAAAAAGUGCUUGAAAAUCAAUAAAAAAGUGAAGUAUUUAUUAUUUGGUGUGGUUGGAGAAAGCUAUCGAUGUUGGGCUAUAUUCACUAAAGUUGUCUUCAGUUAUAUUCUGGCCCUGGUUGUUCAAAAUAAGUUUAAGUCACUUACAUUUUGUUUUUCAUUUCUUGGGCGUUACCUUAAACCCCCAACUCUCUGACCCUGGGUUCCAGUUAUGAGUUGUCCAGGUAACUUCUAGUGCACAGUACCAUAAUGCAUUACAUGUGUACUAUAAGAACCUUUCACAUGGUGCUCGAGCAGCUAAUGAUAAGGUAACCUGUGCUGCUUAAUAUUUGUACCCGAGGUGAUGGGGGGGGGGGGUCAGAUAAAUAAGACGUUACUUGUCUUUGAACAACCUAGUGCUUGUCCAUUAGGAUUCAAGAAAAUAAUAUGUCUGAAAUUGCUCCGAUACCACUAUUGUACAGAACUAUUGUAAAUAUCUUGACGUUUUCUCAGCUACUCUUAUCAGUCAGUAGGAUUUGGAAUAUUGGAUGAAUUUAUGUCGCUUUUUUGUGUGCAUAUUUGGCAGGUCGACUUCUCAGAACUGGGUGCACUGAUGGUUAUAAAACCACAGUGAUGAGCCAUUUGUUUAAGUGAUAAUAUCACACCAUCUCAUAUCUGUGGGCAGUAAGAAUCCAAAUGCACGGAGUGAUGUAUAUUUUAAAAUUAGUGAAGCAAGCCCAUACUUCAUUGAUGAAAGGUAAACUGUCCUCGCGAAUCAGAUGUUUUCUCAGUAGAAGUCGUUGCCUUAAGCUGCGAGUCACUUUCAGGCUUACCAUAUGUAUUGAUUCCUCUGUUAGUAUUGUAUUUUAGUCUACUGGGGCCAUGAUUGGGCUGAAGGUUUAGACAAACGUGAGCACUUCUACUGUGGCCCUUGAGCUCUUGGAGAGUUGGCCACUUCAUUCUCUCCAAUGUUGUAAACUUCAAACUGCCAACUUUGCCAAAGAUGUGUCAACUUCGAUACCACACUUGAAAAUGUCUGUAAAUAGGGGAUAUUAUCAAAAAGUCUCUCCAUUGUGAUGAACAUGUGUCACAAUGGAAUUUGAUAAGAUCCCUUAUCUAGAUAGAUAUUUCCAGGGAUGGCAAAAUACCCCUAGCUGGCAAAGUUAGCAGGUUCUGCAGUUCCUCUGGUGUUAUCACCUGAUUUGAAACAGCAAACCUGUUCAUAGAAUGAUAUAUUUCAGUACUCCUGUGAAAAUCUGGCAUCACCAAAAAACCCAUGUAUUCAAGUACAUGUAAUAGGGUUUGGCUUCACCAAACGGAUUCGGCCUUUGAUAGUGAUGAUCCCUGUGUAUAUACACUCUUUAUUUUGAUGUACAUUCUUGAUUUCUUCUGUUAGCUGUAGCGAAAUUUGAUCUCGGGUGAUUGGGCGAUGGUGACUUUUAUUUCAAUGAAUUUACCAUAAUCUUGGUAGAGGGGUUUCUUCAUUAUAAUGGUUUAUCAAGGGUUACGGUUGCUCUUCCCAUCAGUCUUAAGUUUGGGCGAACCUAUAUUUGGUGGCAAAAGUUAACCCUUGGUGGGUCAGAAUACAUCUUCUUGACCGUUGCGUCAGGUUAAGUUAUUAUCAGAAAUCCAACCGAUUUUGUUCUUCGUUUCUCUUUAGUUUGUCAUAUGUCUUCGUCAUUUUGUUAGAUUAUUUGUGAGAAGAGUGUAUUUAAAAGUGAUGUCUUCUGGGUCUUUCAGAAAGUAUAACAAUUUUCAGUAAAAUGCAUUGCACCUUGGAGCGGCAAUGAAUCGUCACUAAAGUGAAAUGGGGAAAACUACCCUGUAAUUUUCUCUAUCUUAGUGUACUUGUUAGUGAAAAAGGUAGAGCUGAUAACUUAGACAAUGAUAAUUUACUGUCGCUUUAGGGCUCAUCUUGAGGGCACAGCAAAAGAUGCACAAAAAAGUACCUUGUGGAAGUGCUGUCAAAACAUGGGCCAAAGUGCAACAUUCUGCAAUCAGUUGUUAGAAAGGCAGUCUGGACAUUCCAGUGUGUGAAAUGCAGCAAAGGCAAAGUUUGAAUUGGGAAUUAGUGAGAUAUGCUAUUUGCCUUGUGGACAGUGUUAUAUCAGAAGGCACUACGGCAAUGGGGCAAAACUAGAAGGUAUUGCAGACAUUGCCUCUGGCUUCCCCUAGUGUCUUGUCCUGCCCGGGGGUAUUCCACUCUGCUGAUUGAUUCUUGAUUUUAAUGUAUAUUAUUCUCCCCAAUGUCUUGGAUCACAAAACUAAUUGCGGUAUCAAUGAAUCGUCAGAAGUGAAGUUUGAGUUUUUAAAGCAGUGACAUACUGGCAUGUCCUGUCGGCAUUUUGUUCAUUUACAAUUCAGUGCAAAGUUAUUGAGUGGCUGGUGAAUCAACUACUGUAGAACCUCUCUAUUAAGGACACCCACGGGACUGACAAGUACUGUCCUUAGUAGAGAGGUGUCCUGAUUAGAGAGGUCAAAUUGAAUGGAAAUAACCAAUUUCGGACCAAAACUAGUGUCCUUAAUAGAGAGGUGUCUGCUAACAGAGGUUCCACUGUAUACAAAUCGCUGCUGCAACAUUCUUGUCUAUCACAGCAUAAGAGACAAUGGGGCAGAAGUCCACAAUGCGCCAGUCCUGUUAAUAUUUGCUUUAGAAGCAGACUGCUUGUGUGUUAGUUGAAAAGCUUGUCCGGUUGUGCAUUGGUAAUUGUUUUGUAAAGGAAGCUUUGAGAGUGCACUGCCAAAAGGGGUAAAUUUCCAGGUCUGGUGGUUGAGCCCUGAAGUCAAGGUUCCAUCAGUAUGUUACAUGUAAGCACGAGUAUAACUUGCACUGAACCUAUUCUCAGCAUUGGAAGUUCUUGUUGGGUUUGCAGAUGAUUGAUACCCCAUGGGUCCUGCAUAUACUUGGUGGCCAACCAGAUCUUUGACAUGGACUUGUCGAGGCCUUUGCCCAGGCGUUUGCAAUGGUACAUGUUUGAUACAACAACAGAUAACACGCAAAAACCCCUAUCAAAUGGCCUUGGGCUCCAUCCGAGAGUGUAUGUGGGACCACUUGGUUUAUAUUGGUGCAACUUUGAUUUGACAUAGGUAUUUUUUUGCUCGGGUGAUGUGUGAUUAUCGCCAGUUGAAUUGAAGCAUGUGUACAAAUGUCUAUUUUAGAGUUGAGUAUUAUUUGAUGUGUGUAUAUCAUGCAGACUUGUCUGACACUCAAGUGUGCGCCAUGGGAUGCUGUCAUUAGGUACCCACAUAUACCCUGUAUACAGUGUAUCUCAUGUAUAUUAUCGAGCCAUUUGGUAUAUGGGAAAAUAAAUUGUCAUCUUUAUCUUA